UCUCAAUGCGCACUACACCGCGAAAGCUUACCAUGCCAUCCAUCUACUUCAACCCAACUUCAAAGGAUCCGCUCAGUCAUGGGAGUCCAUUACCUCAACCAUGCAAUUUCCACCAUCAAUAAUUUAAUCUAUUUGCUCCAAAGCUGAAGAGACAACUUGCAGCUGCUGCUUGGCGAAGAGCAGGCGAAUAUCGCAAAAAAUAGUUGCGCGGAGGGCUUACCCAAAACAUCCCUGAUGACACUGUCCUGGUGAAUGGUCUCCUUUACGACUGGACAGUAAAGUUCCAACAGGUUAGAAGAGUGAUGACCAUCCUGUUCGUUACUAUGGUUAUUUCAUACUUCAGUUGCAUGAGAGCUGCGCCCAUGAGAGAGAUCCCGGGCAUGCAGGGGGGCCACCGGGCCGAGGGCUACCUGGGUGCUGCUGCUGCCGCCGCCGCUGCCGUCUCCUCAGGCGGCCGAGGCCACGGGACUCCACAGAGUGGUGGGGGGCUACCCUCGCUCACAGACACUUUCGAACAGGUGAUCGAGGAGUUGCUAGAGGUGGAAGGGGAGGCAUCGCAGCAACUAGGGCCCAGGGCCGACCAGGACCAAGGAGUGGGUGGUCAUGCCGCUGCCGCAGUCGCAGCAGACUCGAAGGACGUUGACCUGUAUGCCUCUCGGGUGAUGAUCAGCAACCAAGUGCCUUUGGAGCCACCAUUACUCUUUCUCUUGGAGGAAUACAAAAACUACCUGGAUGCCGCCAACAUGUCGAUGCGUGUGCGACGGCACUCAGACCCAACGCGGCGAGGGGAGCUCAGCGUUUGUGACAGUAUUAGCCAGUGGGUGACAGCUGUGGACAAAAAGACGGCCAUUGAUAUGUCUGGCCAGACAGUCACUGUUCUGGAAAAAGUCCCUGUGACUAACGGUCAGCUGAAGCAAUACUUUUACGAGACCAAAUGCAACCCCUUAGGGUACACAAAGGAGGGCUGCCGAGGAAUAGACAAGCGGCACUAUAACUCACAAUGCCGGACAACCCAGUCUUACGUGCGAGCCCUUACCAUGGAUAGCAAAAGGAAGAUCGGCUGGCGGUUUAUACGGAUAGACACUUCGUGUGUAUGCACAUUGACCAUUAAGAGGGGCAGAUAGUGUACAAAAUGUAUAGAUUUUAUUGAGAGUUCUAAAAAAGAGAGAGAAAAGAGAAAAUAUCUAUUUGUAUAUAUACAUAACAGGGUAAAUUAUUCCGUCAGGAGAAAAUUUUAUGGACUGCAUGUAAAAAAGAUGAAGUUUAUACAGUAAAAGUGAUACUACAGUCUAUUUAUUGAACAUAUUCAUGACCUUAUAAACAAUUAAAAAAAGAUCUGAUAAGUCAUUUGCGCCCAGUUCAAAUUACUAUAUCACAUUCCUCAAGACAUUGUGUUUUUUACGUUGCCAAGAUUUUGAGAGAUGAGGAGAGGAUGGGGUGAGGAAGAAUUAUAUACAAGAAAAAAAAGGAAAAAAAAAAACUUGCAUGCUGCUUCAAUUGUGAAUUGAGAAACUGUCCACUUUGAGAAAACAAGGAAUUGAUUUCUGACCAAAACAUUCCGUUUACAUUCUCAACCAUAACAGGAUUUCCUCCUCUUAAGUACUCUGUCUGUUUACUAUCCUCAACUUCUCAAGGUAAUGUUGGAAAUACAUACUAUGUCAAGGUGCUGUUGUCAAAGCUUUGCUGUUUAUUUUUUUAUCCCCACAAGAUGGAAAAUAUAUAUAUAAAAUUUAUUCAUUGACAUGUGUUCUGGAUUAAUAUAAUUCAUUUUGUAUGUUGUGAAGUUGUUUGCAAUAUUAAAUUGAAAUAUUUGAAGAAAUAAAAUUACUAUAGGCAACUGAAAAACAAAACCAAUGUCAAUAAAGUUUCAGCUCUCCCUUUGCAGGUCUAAAUUUGGCAAAAACUUUGGAGAGA